GCUGAAAUUAUCCAAUAUUGGGGAUAUCCCAGUGAAGAGUAUCAAAUUCGGACUGAUGAUGCUUAUUACCUUCAGCUAAACAGAAUUCCUCAUGGAAAAUACUGUCCCCAGAAUGAAGGAAUUGUUUUAUUGGUACAUGGUUUUCCAUUGGAAGGGAGAUCUUGGAUUGCAAACAUUCCUAGCAACAGCCUGGGAUUUUUUCUAGCAGAUGCUGGCUAUGAUGUCUGGAUAAUAAAUAAUAGAGGGACCACUUGGUCUAGAAGACACCAAGAGUUUUCAAUUGAUCAGCAAGAAUUCUGGGAAUUCAGCUUUCAUGAAAUGGCAAUUUAUGAUAUACCAGCUGCAAUAAACUUCAUCCUACAGAAAACAGGACAAGAUUCUUUAUACUAUAUUGGCUAUUCACAAGGAGCAUCAUUAGGUUUCAUUACUUUUGGGAUCCUUCCCUACCUCUCUGACAGAGUGAAGCUGUAUAUAGCCCUGAACCCACCCUACACCCUGGAAGAUACUGCUGGGUUGCUCGAUAUACUUUCAAAAAUUCCACGUGAACUGAGAGAACUAAUAUGGGGCACUAAAGAACUUUGCUUUGUUAGUAAGAGACUAAAAACCAUGCUGGCCUAUGCAUGCAGCUAUCCAGUAAUUGACAAGCUUUGUGUCCUGUUCGCUUCCUUUUCAGGAGUAAUUAAUGUUAAAAACCUAAACAUAGCAAUCAAUUUUCUUAGAACAUUAACUGCCAAGGCCAAGCCCAGUGAUAACACAGCAAAAUCCUAUCCAAGUCGGAUGGAUGUAUAUGCUGCAACAAAUCCUGAUUAUUCAUCUGUAAAAACCUUGACUCACUGGAUUCAGACAACACCUCCAUUUUAUAAAAUAGAAGAUGUUACUGUGCCAGUAGCCGUGUGGAGUGGAGAAAAAGAUACUAUUGUAACCAAAAAGAAUACUGAAUCAUUGCUUGCUCACAUCACUCAUUUAGUUUUCUAUAAGGAUAUUCCUGACUGGACCCAUUCUGAUCCAGUCGUGGGUCUGGAUGCUCCACGACGCUUGUAUCCCGAUGUGCUUGAAUUGAUGCAGAAGUACAAGGAUUAA